CCUCGUCCGCCGCCGCGUGUUCGGAAGCGAGCGAACCCCGCUCCGCUCCUCGCCUUGGUAUCCCCACCGCCGCCCCGCUCCCACGCAGAUCGACGCACACGCAGCGCCAAUGUCGUCGGGGGGAGCGUCGCUGGUGCGCCGCGCCGUCGAGGCCGUGCGCCGCACGCCGCGCUGGCAGAGGAGGCUCGUCUUGCUCACCGUAGGAGCUGGCACUUUAAGCUAUGCUUGCCAGGAUAACCGUGUUCUUCAAAUCAGUGAUGGAACGGGGGGCAAGAAAAAAGUGGUUAUACUUGGAACUGGUUGGGCAGGUGCAAGUUUCUUGAGAAAUAUUGACACUUCUUUGUAUGAUGUCCAUGUGGUAUCACCUCGCAACUAUUUUAUGUUCACUCCUCUGUUGCCGAGUGUGACAUGUGGCACGGUUGAAGCACGCAGUAUUGUGGAGCCAAUUCGCAAUAUUGUGAGGAAGAGAGGUGGCGCAUUCAGAUUCUGGGAAGCAGAGUGCUACAAGAUUGAUCCAACAAGCAAGAAGAUCCACUGCAAAUCAGGUGAUGGGACCAAUGCUGACGCCAAUGGAGACUUUGUCGUGGAUUAUGAUUACCUUGUUGUAACUGUUGGAGCUAGACCAAAUACUUUCAACACCCCAGGAGUUGUUGAAAAUUGCCAUUUCCUGAAGGAAGUAGAAGAUGCUCAAAAGAUCAGGAAGAGUGUAAUGAAAUGUUUUGAAAGAGCUGCCCUUCCUAAUCUUACUGAUGAAGAGCGGAAGAAGAACGUUCAUUUCGUUGUUAUUGGUGGUGGCCCAACAGGGGUAGAAUUUGCUGCAGAGUUGCAUGACUUUGUCAAUGAGGACUUGGCAAAAUUGUAUCCUGAUGUUAAGAAGUAUGUGAAUAUUUCAGUAAUUGAAGCUGGAGACCAUAUCCUUACGAUGUUUGACAAAAGAAUCACCCAUUUUGCUGAGGAUAAGUUCAAGAGGACAGGCAUAGAUUUGAAGACAAAUUUCAAGGUUGUGAAGGUGUCUGAUAAGACAAUAACCAUGAGUAAUCCUGCAACUGGAGAGAUUGCAGUUCCAUACGGCCUCGCUGUUUGGUCCACUGGAAUUGGAACACGUCCCAUGAUUAUGGAUUUCAUGAAACAAGUUGGUCAGGCAAACAGGCGUGUGCUAGCAACUGAUGAGUGGCUUAGGGUUCAGGGAUGUGACAAUGUAUAUGCACUUGGUGACUGUGCAACUAUAACUCAAAGAAAAGUGAUGGAAGAUGUUGAUGCAAUCUUCCGGGUAGCAGACAAGGAUAAUUCUGGCACUCUAACUGUAAAGAAAAUAAAAAAUGUUCUUGGCGACAUCUAUCAAAGGUACCCACAGGUGGAGCUGUAUCUUAAAACCAACCAAAUGAAGGGCUUCAAUGACCUGCUGAAAGAUAAGGAGUCAGAAGAAUUGAACAUUGAAGAAUUCAAAAAAGCCCUUGCUCAGGUGGACUCGCAAGUCAAGAUGCUCCCAGCAACUGCACAGGUUGCUGCACAAGAGGGAGCUUAUCUGGCAGAUUGCUUCAACAGGCUGAAUACUUGUGAAGAAAAUCCUGAAGGCCCUCUAAGGAUCAGGGGAGCAGGGCGUCAUCGGUUCAAACCUUUCAGGUACAGGCAUCUCGGCCAAUUUGCUCCGCUGGGUGGAGAGCAAACCGCUGCGCAACUGCCUGGUGACUGGGUACAUGUAGGCCACAGCACUCAAUGGCUGUGGUAUUCUGUCUAUGCAAGCAAACAAUUCAGCUGGCGCACAAGAAUGCUAGUUGUAACUGAUUGGGGAAGGCGUUUCCUCUUUGGAAGGGACUCCAGCAGCCUAUAAACUGAACAACGGAUUGUCUUUUUUUUGCCACCUGAAGAUCUGUUAGACUCUGAUGCUACCUUCAUCGUACGGCACCAUUUGUUUUGUUCCACAAUUUUGAGAGCUCAGUUUGCUAUAGCUUAGCAAGUUUUUGUUCACAAAUUUUGUUACGAUAUGCCGAACGACAAUUAUCCUUUUUAAUGUCUUGUCUUAACACACCUGCAUCGUUCAGGUGUUCCUAGUAGAGAUGAUCAGAGAGUUUUGGGAGCUCAUUUGCAUCUCAUUCAUUACGAAUGUUUGGACUAAAUUUAUUUCUGGCAAAGUUCUGGGAGCUCAUUUGCAUCUCAUUCAUUACGAA